CACUUGUCAAAAUUGGCAUGAAAUGAUAAUAUCAACACGUGAGCAUGAUGGGCUCUUAUAAUCAAUAAACCUCCCACACCACCACUCCACACACCACCAAACCACCACUAACCGCCACCAUGUCAAUAACAACAAUGAUUCACCGGAAACUUAACCGAAAACUUCACCGGAACUUCAACAAACAAUUCAUUUACACGCCAUUCAGACUAUCAUCUUCAUCAACGAACCUAACCAACACUGAGAACAGUAAUCGGAAGAUCGAGAAGCUUCUAAUAGCGAACAGAGGAGAAAUCGCGUGUAGGAUUAUGAGAACAGCGAAGAGGUUAGGUAUACAGACGGUUGCGGUUUAUAGUGAUGCUGAUAGGCAUAGUUUGCAUGUGAAAUCCGCUGAUGAGGCGGUUAGGAUCGGUCCGCCACCGGCUCGAUCGAGUUAUCUUAAUAGCUCUUCGAUUAUUGAAGCUGCUGUUCGUACUGGUGCUCAGGCUAUACAUCCGGGCUAUGGUUUCUUAUCAGAAAAUGCGGACUUUGCUCAACUUUGUGAAAAGGAGGGAUUCACUUUUGUUGGACCCCCUGCAUCCGCAAUACGUGAAAUGGGUGAUAAAAGUGCAUCAAAAAGAAUAAUGGGUGCAGCAGGCGUGCCGCUUGUGCCUGGGUAUCAUGGUCAUGAACAAGAUAUUAAUAUCAUGAAAUCCGAAGCAGAUAAGAUCGGAUACCCUAUUCUAAUCAAGCCCACACAUGGAGGUGGAGGAAAGGGUAUGAGGAUUGUGGAAAGUCCAAAAGAAUUUGUUGACUCGUUCUUAGGAGCCCAACGGGAGGCUGCUGCUUCUUUUGGCGUAAACACAAUCUUGCUGGAGAAAUAUAUAACCAGACCAAGGCAUAUAGAAGUCCAAGUAUUCGGGGACAAGCAGGGAAACGUUGUAUACUUGUACGAGAGAGAUUGCAGUGUGCAGAGAAGACACCAGAAGAUAAUUGAAGAAGCUCCAGCUCCAGAUAUCCUUAGCGACUUCAGAACACGGUUGGGUCAAGCUGCUGUAUCUGCUGCAAAGGCGGUUGGUUAUCACAAUGCUGGUACGGUUGAGUUCAUCGUUGAUACUCUAUCUGGGGAAUUUUAUUUUAUGGAGAUGAACACACGUCUUCAGGUUGAACAUCCUGUGACCGAGAUGAUUGUUGGCCAAGAUCUUGUAGAGUGGCAAAUUCGUGUUGCUAAUGGAGAAUCACUUCCCCUUGAUCAAGCACAGAUUCCUUUAUCUGGUCAUGCUUUUGAAGCCCGUAUAUACGCUGAAAAUGUGUCGAGAGGAUUUCUGCCAGCCACUGGAGUUCUUCAAUAUUACCAUCCUCUUCCAGUCUCGCCAACUGUUCGAGUUGAGACCGGAGUUGAAGAAGGAGACACCGUAAGCAUGCAUUAUGACCCUAUGAUUGCUAAGCUUGUGGUUUGGGGAGAAAACCGCGCUGCAGCAUUAGUUAAACUGAAGGAUUCCUUAUCCAAGUUUCAGGUUGCAGGCUUGCCCACAAAUAUCGGGUUUCUCUACAAACUUGCCAAUCACAGAGCAUUUGCAAAUAGUGAACUUGAAACCCAUUUCAUAGAUCAAUACAAAGACGAUUUACUGGCGACACCAAAAGAUUCAGCAUCAGCAGAGGCAGCAUACGAUGCUGCUAAACACAGUGCAGCCUUAUUAGCUGCAUGUAUAUGUGAAAAGGAGCGUACACUGUUAAAGAAAAGCCCUCCUGGUGGGUUGCCUGUGUGGUAUACACAUCCUCCAUUUAGACUCAAUCAUCAUGCUACACGUACAAUAGAGCUAGAGUGGGAGAAUGAAUACCAUGAUAACACCUCAGAGCACCUCACUCUUUCCAUCGAUUAUAUGCCAAACGGGAAUUACCUCAUCAAGAUGGGGGAAAACAGCUUUAAUCAUCUGGAAGCCACAGUAACACACCUUGGAGACCAUGAUUUCAGAGUAGAGGCUGAUGGUAUAAGCAAGAAUGUGAAUCUGGCCAGUUAUGUAAUGGAUCAGACUGAGCACUUUCACAUAUGGCAUGGUUCAGACCAUCAUCAUCACUUUAAGCAAAAACUAGGACUUGAUUUGUUGGAUAACCUUGAAACGCAUGAUCACCGACACCGUGAAUCCGCAUCUCAUCCUCCAGGGACAGUUGCCGCCCCCAUGUCUGGUCUGGUGGUUAAGAUUCUGGUCAAAGAUGGAAUGAAAGUUGAAGAAGGUCAACCUAUGUUGGUUAUGGAAGCCAUGAAAAUGGAGCAUGUGAUCAAGGCACCAUCCUCUGGCAUCGUUAGCGGGCUUCAAGUCACUCUUGGCCAACAGGUUUCUGACAACAGCGUUCUCUUCAAUGUCAAGGCUGCAUAACGUUGGGGGUGCAAAUAUCGCCCAAGUAACCAUAACAUAUUGUUGCCAGGCGGGAGUUGAUACCAGAUGCGUGUUUAUAACCGGAUGUCAAAAUUCGUGUGGCUAUGUAUAUUGUAUAAUCAUAACGAAUUUCUCAUAACAAAUGCAUCCUUUAUCUUUACUGCUCA